UCCGCUUCGAGAUGUUGGUGCUCUUGGCCAAUGCGCACGACCGCCAGCUGCCUCUGCCCCCGCACACGACACACAUAGCAAAAGCGAGAUGGGCUUCAGGCAAGCUGCCGUCCUUUCCUCUGUUUGUUUCUUUCUCGGUGUCUUGUUCAUAUGCAUGAACGUCGACUAUCGUGUACUCUUCACGCCGUUGACGGAAGACGUCGUCAGAGAUGGACUUGAGUUCUACACGACGUUCUUCCACUCGCCUCCAGCCAUCAAGGCUCUCAUGCAUGCAAUUAUGGGUGUUGGAAUAAUAGGUCUCGUCGGGAAACUUGUCAGAAUGGACGAGGGUGCAAAAUGGUUUGACGGGUCCUCACUCGCGGCGUAUAUAUUUGCGCUGUCCGUCUAUCUUUCGGUGGGCCUGCCUGCGUCGAGGACAAUCGCGACCCCAGUCGAGGGCGUGGACACGCGCGAAGACCAAAUUGAGGCCCUUCGCCUGCUCUCGGCGGGGAAUACGAUCGUCAUCGCUCUCCUUGGCGGAGUGCUUUUCCUUCAGGCUGGGGAGGAGUAUGCACGGCGUACCGAGGCCAAGGAGCUGGCUAGGCUCGCAGAGCUAGACAAGAAGGAUAGGUCUGCGACGGCGACGUCGGCGGCAGGCGAGAACAAGAAAGACCAAUAAAGACCGGCAGCUUGCCAGUAGGUGGUCUCAUUGGGUAGUUUCAUGCUCUUAUUUGUGUGGUGCUUCGUUACUUUUCACGAAUGUUACGACGAUGUCUCAGUACGUUACGGGGGAGAAUGUGCCAUGGCCCAUAAGCUUUCCAUCUUACGUUGUCAGAAAGGGACUGUCAGAAACGUUGGCUUGCCCCGGGAGAGGAGAGCACAGGCCGAGUGCAACGUGAGAACGCUUUACUUGUUCUGGACGAGACGCGUCCACUGCCCACCAGCUGCUGCUCACCACCGCCGUCUCGUCGGCCGCUACGCUCUUUUUCUGGACGGUGC